UCAAUUCAAUGAUUUGCAAAGUUUGAAAUGCCACCCCGUAUCAGUCCCCUUAAGGAUGCAAUUCAGCACGUUGUUUCAAAGACAGACAAAACAUGCAGACUAGAGGUGAAAUACAUCAAUGCAGUGAAAGGACGUGGUGUAUUUGCAAAGGGUUCAAUUUGCAAAGGAGAUUUUGUUGUUGAAUAUAGAGGAGAUAUGAUAAAUGAUGCAGAAUCCCAGAGAAGAAGAAAACUUUACCACCCGUCAUGUGCUGCAUUUAUGUUUGCGUUUAAGUGGAGAGGGAAAACAUGGUGUAUUGAUGCCGCUAGAGAAGAUGGAUCAUUUGGACGGCUAGUUAAUGACGAACACCAACAUCCAAACUGUAGGAUGAAAAAAAUUGACGUGAAUGGAAAACCCCACCUUUGUUUGUUUGCCUUGAAUGACAUCAAAGAAGGAGAAGAAGUAACUUAUGACUAUGGAGGUGAAGAUUGCCCGUGGAGAACAAAGGUGGGUGAAGAAACAGCUAAUGAUGCAAAUGUAGAGAACUCCAACCAUCCCUUCCAUUUAAAGACUGGGGAUGAACAUAAUGUGAAAACUCAGCAGAUAAGCAGCAUACAAGCUGAUACUAUGGCGGCAUGCAACUUCGGACGGACCCUCCUCUCAAAGUCUCAGAUGGAUGAUGCUACUGGUCCAACCAACACUACUCAACAGAUAAGCAGCGUUACAGAUAAUGCUAUGGUAGCGCACGACUCCCGUCCUUCCCGCCUUUCAAAGUCUCAGAUGGAUGAUGCUACUGGUCCAACCAACACUACUCAACAGAUAAGCAGCGUUACAGAUAAUGCUAUGGUAGCGCACGACUCCCGUCCUUCCCUCCUGUCAAAGACUCAAAUGGAUGAUGCUACUGGUCCAACUAACACUACUCAACAGACAAGCAGCGUUACAGAUAAUGCUAUGGUAGCGCACGACUCCCGUCCUUCCCGCCUUUCAAAGUCUCAGAUGGAUGAUGCUACUGGUCCAACCAACACUACUCAACAGACAAGCAGCGUUACAGAUAAUGCUAUGGUAGCGCACGACUCCCGUCCUUCCCGCCUUUCAAAGUCUCAGAUGGAUGAUGCUACUGGUCCAACCAACACUACUCAACAGACAUGCUGCAUUAAAGUUAAUACUAUGGCGGCGUGCAACUCCCAUCCUUGUCUCCUGUCAGAGAUGGAUGAUGCUACUGGUCCAGCCAACACUCCUCAACAGAUUGUGACAUGUUUUGAAAACAAAAAUGAAGUUUUUGUACCAAGACUGAGACGGACCAAGAGUGUCAUAGUAAGUUUUCAAUUAAGUGGCAAAACGAAGAUCUGA